UACACACUGAGGGCUGAGGGGGAGUGUCGUGCUGGAGGAGCUGAGCGCUGCUGCUGCUGCUGCUGUUUGAUUAGCGCUGCUGUGAAGCUCUAUUGCCGGAUUCGGAUUUACAGCAGAAAAACGCUUAAGAUGGCUAAAAAGGCGCAGAAAUCACAAAAGAAACCACACUUCAGUGUAUACAUUGACAAUUCAAUGUGAUCAAUGGAAAGCUAAUGGCAAUCAGGAACUCUAAAGCCCAGGGUUUUUCUAGCAGCGGUGUCACAGAUCAAAACGGCUUAAAGGCUUUGGACCUAAAACAAAGAGAAACCACAGGACUGUUAAAAAAAUCUAACUUGCAAAACAUUUGAAUGACUAUUUUUAUCAAGUUGAUGGAGCAGAAAGCCUUAACAAAAGUCUGAGCAACAGUAUAUUUUGUACGAAUAUAAGUUAAGUGAGCACGAAAAUAUUUGGGGAAAUGUAGUACCAUGUGUGGACAACAGAAGAUGUUGCCAGUCAAAGCAUCACGUUUUACUGAUCUACUUGAUAUCAAGAUAAAAUAAAUAAUAAUAAUAAUAAUAACAAUGCAGAAACCAACCCACUGACUGUCACUGCCAACCCCGGGUUUGAGGAGGAGCCAUGGGUUGUGGAGGCUCUAGGACUGAUGCUUUGGAGCCGCGUUACUUGGAGAGCUGGACCAAAGAAACAGAAUCCACCUGGCUCACCAGCACAGACGCUGACAUACCCCUGUCCUCGAUCCACAGCAUCCCCUCAGAGAACUCGUCCGAGGUGGGCUAUGGAGCUGAAAAAACAGCCAGUCCUGAUAUCUUUGAUGACGGCCUGCCAUCUCCUGCUCAGGCGUAUCUGAAAGUGUGUUCUGCCAUGUCUGAGGCCAGCCUCAGUGAUGUGAAAAGCAGCAGUACACCUUCCAUACUGACCUCACAGCAAGAAGAGCUGUCUUCACCGAGCUCAACAGUGCAGAGGAGAAGUGUCUUGUGCACUGAGGAAAUUACCAAGUGGCAAGACAACAGAAUGUCCACCAAGCAGGUGACCAUCACAGUGACUCAGAGCAUCCGUCAGGUGGACAAGAGUGGAAAGAUCAAGGAGAAGUCCCACACAACAUGCGAGGUCAUGAAACCUCGGGAUAGCUUGAAGGAAGCAGCAGUAGAAGCUGUGCUGAAAUGAGAACAAUAACCCAAAGGAGGCACCUCAAACGGAGUGGAGUAGUAGGACACUUUAGAUCCUCAGCCCUGUGAAAACUGUGAUGAACAGCAAGCACUGUGGACCAAAGAGCAGAAGGCAGGUCCGAUCUGAAGCACACAGGCCUGUGUUUGGACAUGCAGCCCCUGCCUGAUGGACUUUAUUAGGAUUUAUUUUGAGUUCAGUGGUCUAAAGGUUUGAUUCGUAAUUCAUAUUUUCACUUAUAAUUCUAUGUAUGUUGCUACUGCUGUACUGUAAUAGUGGUAGCUGACUAUUUGAAGUGAUCUUGAAAUUUUAAAAUGUUUUAAACUUCUAGGUUUUUUUGAAAUUGUAACAUACAGGGUACUAGGGUUGGUGUGAUAUGGUAAAAAAAAUAUUAUUGUAUCAUGAUAUUUAAAGACAUCUUGCUGCAGACAUUGUAUCAGAUUCUUAGAAAACAGCUAAUCAAUAUACCACAGUUAUUUUAAAUACAGUGAUUUUAGUACAAAGUGUGCUCCACUUCAUCCCAUUAAACAGGAUUAAUUCCUCUUUCUGUAAUGAAAAGUGAAGUUGGUCAGUGUUUUUAAGAACUGAUAACCUAUUAUUUUUCAUAAUAAUACAUUUAUCAUGAUACAAUAAAAUAUUGUCAUAUUGCCAAGCCCUACAGGGCACAUAUUGGACAAUCAAAGAGGCAAGAAAAACAAAAGUGACCUCUAAAGUUACUUCAAUAUUAACUGGAGUAUCCUCUUAAUAAAGAGUAUCUUUGAACGGUUUGAUAAUGUAUUCAUUAUCAUCAUAAAGGUCAUCUCAGUUAUCAAUCCACAGUUACAAGGUCUACUGGCUUUAUUCAUGAACCAAUAGAACAGGGUAUAUUGUAGCACCGUUCUGUGCUAAGAGUACUAUUGUUUGUUUUAUUCAUAAAUUCUGUUUAACAUAAAUUCUAUUUUCAUGUUAAGCUAAGUUUAGUAACUUUUUGUUUUUUUUAAAUGACCAAUUCAUGUUUUGAAUGUUGUGUUAGAAAUAUCCAAAGGUAUGUGUUUUACACUAUCAGUAUUCCUUUUUGCUAUGCUUAUUACAGAUCAUGUGCAUUCAUCAUCUCAGAGAGAAACCUCUAACACUAACCUUUGUCACUAAGAUGCCUCAAAUCAGGUUACCUGACCUUCCCUUAAAUUCAGUAUGUGUCUACUCAUAAUUGUGAAUGAUAGUUUUAAAAUCAACCUGAAACUAUGAAUGCUUCACAGGAAAGAAUCUCUAGAAUACACUUUUAAAAGAAGUUUUUUGUCUGUUUAAAUUAUUUUGUGCUGAGUAAAAUUAAACAAGUCUAAAUUGUCCAAUAAAAAGAUUUGAAAAAUGAAA